AGGUAGGACGAGAGAAGGGAGAGAGCAGAGCCUGAGACACCAAGUUCCUGAAAUAAACAUGUUUACAGUCUGGUACAAAAACAGUUUAUUCUCCAUAGCGGAUUUUAUGUAACUCACCAGUGAUGUACAUUUUUGAGAGCUAUGUUGUCAAAAACAUACCUUAUAAUGAGCUCAGUCUUCCUUUGGGGAAUUCUUGACACGGUUAAAAGAAGCAGAAGCAGAAGUAUGGGCUCAGUUAGGAGGGGCUGACUAAAGCAGGUGAAUGUAAGCAGUCCCACAAUGUCAUGAAUUAAUCGUGGUUCAUUAUUUCUAAUCCCAACAUUCUGUUUUUAAUAGAGGAAAUGAUAUUGUAUCUGUUUUGUGUUGUUACACGGAAUUCUGUUUGUGUGAGGAGGAUCAUGAUCAACUCAACAAAGGUUUCUUAUUUUAUACUUUCUGCCUACGUGGACACUGGGCUGUUGAAAUACUUGUGGUUCAUGUUCAUCCUGUCUUUAUAUGUGUUAAUAGUUUGUUCCAAUGUGCUGCUCAUUGUCGUUAUCUGCAUGAACAGAAGCUUACAUGAACCCAUGUACCUUUUCCUCUGCAGUCUGUUUGUAAAUGAGCUGUUUGGUAGUACAGGCUUGUUUCCAUUCCUUCUGGUUCAGAUCCUCUCGGACAUUCAUACUGUUUCUUUUUCAUCUUGCUACCUGCAGAUUUUCUGUUUGUUUUCUUAUGCCUGUAUGGAAUUUUUCAAUUUAGCUAUGAUGUCUUAUGACAGAUAUCUUGCUAUCUGUUAUCCUCUACAGUACAACACACGUAUGACAUUUAAAAGAGUUACUUUUCUUCUCACUGUUAUCUGGUCUUAUGCCUCCUUUUUAUGUUUGGUUCCAGUCAUAUUGAGCAGCUCUUUACAGCUGUGUGGAAACAUCAUUAACAAAGUCUACUGUGACAACUACUCCAUAAGCAAACUGGCCUGCUCUGACAUAACAGCCAGCAACAUCUAUGGACUCUUUGCUACCGGUCUCACCAUUGCAUUUCCUGUUUCUCUCAUCCUGUUCUCCUACAUGAGGAUCCUGAAGGUUUGUUUCUGUGGCUCUAAACAGACCCGACAGAAAGCCGUCAGUACCUGCUCACCUCACGUCGCUUCUCUGCUCAACUUCUCCUUUGGGUGUUUCUUUGAAAUAAUACAGAGCAGAUUUGAUAUGAACGAUGUUCCCAACAUGAUAAGAGUGUUUUUAUCUUUGUACUGGCUCACUUGCCAACCUCUCUUAAACCCUUUUUUACAUGGCCUGAAUAUGAAAAAUAUCCGCAUCCGAUGUAGAAAUCUGAUUUUUCUUUGAAAAUAGAUGACUUUCGAUCAUCCCGCAGAUUUUCAGCUUUUAUUUAAGUGCGUUAUGCUUUACUAUCAGAAAACGACUUAUCGUAUAUAUUGUUGAAACUUGUGCUUCAAGGGAACAUUUAGAUUCACAUCAUGUCAACUUGAGUAAUAUGUAUGACUUACAGUUAGAAAUGAGACUUAAUUAUAUUUCAUAGAAGGGGAGUAAAACAUUUGUGUAGUUUGUGUGAAUCUUUAUGAACAAGUUCCACUCAAUAAACAUCUCAAGAAUG